AUGGGAGUGCAGGGUUUUCAAGAGUAUUUAGAGAAGCGGUGUCCCGGGGCCGCAGUCCCGGUGGACCUCCUGAAGCUUGCCCGUACCGCGGCCCGCCAGCCCCCUCACCACCAUCACCAACACCACCACCCACAUCACCCCGGGCCCAUGCCUCCCCCGCCCCCGCCUGCCAGGAUCCUAAUCGACGCUGACUCCGGCCUGCAGCGCCUCUACGGCGGCUACCAGACGGACUGGGUGUGCGGGGGAGAGUGGAACGCCAUGCUGGGCUACCUGGCCGCCCUGUCGCAGGCCUGCCUGUACCAGGGGGGCCUGGAGCUGGUCGUGGUUUUCAACGGCACACUGGGGAAGGAGCGCUGGCCCGAGUGGGCGCGGCGAGCUCAGGGCCAGCGACAGACCGCGCAGCUGAUAGUCAACCACGUCGGCAGCAAGGCCACCCCGCCUCCCAGAGCAUGGUUCCUGCCCCCGGCCUGCCUCAGCCACUGCGUCCGCCUCGCCAUGUUCCGCUUCCGAGUGCGGGUUGUACAGACUUUGGAGGACCACCACCAGGAAGUGCUGUCUCUUUACAGAGACUUUGGAUUUUCCGGCCUGAUCGCUCAGGAUUCUGAGUUUGCUCUCUGCAACGUACCCGCCUACUUCUCGUCGCACGGGCUCAAACUGAGCUGGAACGGCAAGAACCUAACCACACACCAGUACCUGCUGUCUGAGGCCGCCAGGCAGCUCGGGCUGAAGACACAGCACCUGCCCUGCUUUGCUGCUCUGCUGGGAAAUCAUAUUCUGCCUGAUGAGGACCUGGCUGCCUUCCACUGGAGUCUGCUGGGACCAGAACACCCUCUCGCUUCUCUCAAGGUGCGAGCCCACCAGUUGGUGCUGCCGCCCUGUGAGGUGGUGAUCAAGGCCGUAUCAGAGUACGUCUCCUCCAUCAAAGACCUGGGAAACCUCGAUGCCAUCGCCAGAGAUGUCUUCAAACAGUCACAGUCUCGCAUGGAGGACAAGGUGCAUCGAUUCAAAAAAGCCGUGGAUUAUUUCUCAGCUGCCUCCAAACCUCGCUCGCCCAACAUGGGGCCCUCAGCUUUCAUCUUACCUGGGUUUGGAUUUGGGGGACCACCCGGCCACAUGGGACCGAUGCAGCCUGGAAAGAAUCAGUUUCCUCCCCCCCAGGUUCCAGGGUUGAAGCCGCCCUAUCAAAAUGCUCAAUAUGGACCGGGCUCUAACCCUAUGUUCCAGAACGCGCCACCACCGUCCCAAGACCUCAACGAUUCCCUGACGGGCAAGAUGGGCUUCACUGAUUGGUCGGCUCCAUAUGAUUCCACUCAGGGGGGAAAUCGAUUACCCAAUCAUCACACUGCCCCUCAGUCUGGUCCCUCUCCGUCUCCUUCAUCGUCAUCAGAAGGAGACGAACCCAACGACAGCAACGCAAACCAUUUGACGGACAAGUCCUCUCGCUGGGAGGAUCCCACUGGAAGGGGGGGCUUGGCCACUGGAGACGGCUCCCAAGGCAACGGGAGCGUGUCACACAUUCCGUCACUGUUGUCUAUGGCGACGCGCAGUCACAUGGACAUCACCACACCCCCUCUGCCUCAGGUCAGUGCUGAGGUUCUUCGUGUAGCCGAGCACAGGCACAGAAGAGGACUGAUGUACCCCCAGAUUUACCACAUAUUGACCAAGGGAGAGAUGAAGAUGCCAGUGUGUAUAGAGGAUGAGUGUAACUCUGAGCUACCUCCGGCCUCUCUGCUGUUCCGCGCUGCCAGACAAUAUGGCUACGGCGUGCUCUUCAGUCUGGCUGAAACCCACCGCCGCCUGGAGAGGCUCGCUAUGCGCAAGAGGGCCCCCCUGGAAGUUCCUCCAGUGAUUGUCAAAGAGUGGAGCAGCGGUAAAGCCAAGUCGGCCCUGACUCCGGAGCUGGUCCCCGCCCUGUGUUUCCGGGAGUGGACCUGCCCCAACUUGCGGAGGCUGUGGUUGGGUCGAGCCAGUGAGGACCGCUCCAGGAGAACCAGGGCCUUCCUGGCCUGCCUACGCUCCGACUGCCCAGCCCUCCUCAACCCAGCACAGGUCCCCCAGCAUCUGCUGCUCAUGUGCUGCGUGCUCAGGUAUAUGAUGCAGUGGCCUGGUGGAAGGAUCCUCCAGAGACACGAGCUAGAUGCCUUUCUGGCUCAGGCUGUUUCCAGCCAGCUCUACGAACCGGACCAGCUCCAGGAGCUCAAGGUGGAGAAGGUGGAUUCCCGCGGCGUGCAGCUGGCUUCCCUCUUCAUGGCCGGCGUUGACACGGCGCUGUUCAUCAAUGAUGUGUGUGGCCAGCCGUUGCCAUGGGAACACUGCUGCCCGUGGGGCUUCUUUGACGGCAAACUGUUUCAGAGCAAACUGGCCCGAGCCGCUCGGGACCGGGCCGCCCUGCUGGACAUGUGCGAGGGACAGGAGGAGCUGGUGUCCAAGGUGGAGAAGAUGCGUCAGGCAAUCCUCGAGGGCAUCAACCUGUCCCGCCCUCCUCCUCCUCCCCCUCCUCUUCCACCUCCUCCCUUCCUCCCCGCUUCCAUGGUGCCCCCUUUCUACCCCAUGCCUCCCCUCUACCCACCUCGCCCCAUGGGCAUGCCUCAUCAUCAUCACCCACACCAUCCUCACCACCCCGCCCAGCACAGACCAAGAGCCUUCCCAGGCCUUCAGUCAAUCCCCCCCCAGGGAGGGAAACUGGAGAUCGCUGGCAUGGUCGUCGGUCAGUGGGCCGGGAACAAACCAGUCCGUGGGAGAGGGGGCUUCAACAUGCAGGUGGUGUCAGUGGGAGCAGGGAGAGGGAGGGGUAAAGAGAUUCCAGCUAAACCAAGGGUGGUGAAAAAGACGCCUACCAACAGAUCACAGACGUCGCCUCCCCCCCCCUCCAGCAGCCCCCCAAAGCCCUCCGAGGAGGCGGCCGGCUCUCCAGAGGCUGCGCCUCAGCAGCUGAACGGCAGCGCUGCAGCCAUCGGCCCCCCCUUGGAGCUGGCCCCCCCGGCCCAGCCAAUCCCGUGUGCCUUAGCCAGAGACAACCAAUCAGAUGGGGUGGAAGUGGAGGCCCCCUGUUGCCUUGACGACUGCCCGUCAGACGGAGCACUACAGAAGGAGGAGUGACGGCGUCCUCUCCCAGGAUGCAUUGCUCUGAGAGAGUUCUGUGUUUGACUGCCUUCCCCUGUUUUUGUAGCCUGCUGUGCAGCGUCACAUGGAGCAGGAGGUGCAGCGAGGCGCCCCCUCGCCCCCCCCCCCCCC